UGGCACAACAGGAUCACAAUGUUAGUUAACGUGGAAAGAUAUAUCUUAACCAUACAACGUGUAUGUACCUAUUCGUAUCAUCCUAGUAGUGUACAGUAGCAGGCCCCGAAGUACACCUACAAUUCUUCCAACCCCCCCCCCGCAUUUAUAUGUCCCUACGCUAUCUUGUACGUGGAGUCCGAGAGGACCUUGACUUCCAUACUCAGGGCUUGGACUUCAGAUCGCAGCGCGUUGUACAGGUGGAUGUACCCAUCCUGGUCCUGCGCCACCAUGAACAAGUCAUUGACUUCGGCGGCGACGGGCUCCGACUCCAAGUACGUGAUUUUCCGCUUGCUCAUGGUGGAGCUAGCGACUUUGGAAUGGUUCAUAGUGGUCGCGCCUUUGGAUGUCAUGGCUCGGAUGACCGACGGGUGCUCUGGGAGGCCAAACCGGAUCGUUUGGCUCAUGAGGAACCACUGGAUGGUGCAAAGCGACCGCACGGGAACCAACACGACUUGGCCUUCGUACUCAUCCAUGUCGAUAAACGUGUACCCGAGGUCGGCAAUGAUGGACGUGGAGUUGUACAUUUGCUGCCGGCCGAGCGAAUUCUGCCGCAACUGGCGCCACCAUUGGUGGUUCACGACCCCGUCCAGCGUCAAGAUCACAAACACGUUGAUGAGCAUGAGUAGCACCAGGCUGGGAUACCCGCGAAAGAGAACGCUGUUAAAGAUGUUGACGGAGAUGCCUUCGAGCGACUGCGUGGUCGACGCUAGGUUAACCGAGUCCAGCAACCCGUAGUCGAGAAGGUUGUUGCGGGCAAUGAAGAACAGCCCUGCAAUGUAAACAAACGUGGGUGUGCUAAAGUUCAGACACGCUACCACCCGGUUGCGGCCACUAUACCGCGUGGACGAGAUAAAGUUGACAAACCACUUGAGGAACUUGAUCACCAAGCAGUUGAGCCACAUCCAUCGAAAGUUCAUGGCCAAAAUGCGGAUAAACACCCACGCACUGGUCGCGCUCGCGGUCGUGUUCUUGUUCCACGUAAACAUCGCUCGGGAGUAGAUGUUGCAUGCCUUUUCGUCCAACAUGACGGCGAACACGUACCCGAAUACAAACACGUCGCUGUUGAAGCAAAAGUAGGA